AUGAGCACGGACAAGCAGGGGAAGCAGGUGCCGGAGUGCCCCGGCUCUCUGCCCCCACCCAAAGGCCAGAGGCCCCCGAGGAUGCCCAAGUGCUCCCGCUGUCGGAACCACGGCUACGUGUCUCCCCUGAAGGGUCACAAGCGCUUCUGCAACUGGAGGGACUGCCAGUGUCCCAAAUGUAAACUGAUAGCCGAGAGGCAGCGAGUAAUGGCGGCCCAGGUCGCCCUGAGGCGGCAGCAGGCUCAGGAAGAGGAGCUUGGGAUUUGUAGUCCGGUGGCUCUGUCCGGUCCGGAGGUGAUGGUGAAGAAUGAACCUGCAGCAGACUUCGUGUUCUCCGUGGAGGGUCGAACGCCGUCGCCAACCCCGUCUCUGGCGGUCACAGGCGGCCGCUCGGCGUUGUCCUCGAGCCCGUCAGCCGGCGCCCGGGCUCACAGCGAGGGAUCGUCAGACCUGCUGCUGGAGACCUCCUACUACAACUUCUACCCGCCGUCACGCUACCCCACCUACUACGGGAACCUCUACAACUACCAGCAGUACCAGCAGAUGCCUCACGCCGACGGCCGCCUGUCCAGCCACAACGUGUCCUCCCAGUACCGCAUGCACUCCUACUACCCAGCAGCCACCUACCUGAGCCCGGGCCUGGGCUCCACCGCCUGUGUGCCGCCACUCUUCAGCCUGGACGACAACAACAACAACAACUGCUCUGAGGCCAUGGCAGCCUCCUUCUCCCCCAGCAGCACCACCUCCAUCAGCGGUCACGACUCCGCCCUGACCUGCAGGUCCAUCAUGGUCGAUUCGGACGUCAACGAGUGCGGCGGCGGCGAGGUGGCGAGCUUCACCGUGGGGUCCAUCGGUGACGGCAGCAAAUGA